AUGCGACCACGAAACUCGGUUGCACAAGCGCCCGUCGAUAACGGCAAGAAGCCCCGCAGACCCCCCAAAAAGCGUAUGCGUGGGUCUGACGUCGACGGAAAUCAGCCAAAUGUCGAAGUCAUCAAAGUCGGUGCAAGAAGAGCUAAAUGGCAGCCCAAGCCGGGAAAACUUGCCGCCCUGAUGAAUUUACCUCUGGACGUCUUAUUCGAGAUAUACUUCGUCUGGCUCGUACGACCGAAAGAAUUUAGACGCGUGCUCAUGCAUCGUUCUUCAAUGUCCGUAUGGAAAAACGCUAGAGACAACGUGCCAAACAUGCCAGAUUGUCCCCCUUUCUGGACGGAGCCCCACUAUGCGAACCUAGCUUUUGAUCCGCAUUGUCACAAAAAGGAAUGCGGUGCUCCUGGUGGUGCGCAACGUCGACUGGCGCAUCGGCAGGCGUAUCUGCGCAAAGUGCUCCAAGACCUGCAUGAACGGGUCGUCUUCUAUUCUACCGCAAGGAUGUCGAGAGGUCCAGAAGAAUUUGCAUCUCCUCAUAGGUUCAGUGGCUUGAAGCCUAUCGCGAAUGAGCGAAGGGCAUUCGUAAAGGAAAAUGGAAACGUCUGGAAUAACAUCAAGAACGACAUGAUCAAGUACAUGGAAGAAAUGAAAACACGACGUCUUGAGCGCGAGCGCAAGGCCCUGCUUAUUGCCCGGAAGCGUACCGCCAUUGGGGCUCUGCGUCGCUAUAAAAUCGCUCACCUCCCAUUCACCGGUGUUAUGCCAGAGGCAGUGGACUUCUGUUCCUUCCCCGAGGUCAAGGCAAUUGUUGAAAUGCCCACAGAGACAGAAGUUACGGAAGCGUCCUUUGCGGAAGUUUCUUCCCGAAUGCAUGACUUAGUCAACUCCUGGCGCACUCACAUCCACUCCCAGCUCAGGGCUAGAGUCAAAGAUAAUCUGCUUUUUGCCGGCAAGCGGCGUGCGUCUGCGGAGCGAGUGACAUCGGAUCCAUUAUACCAGGAGUACGUGGAAAGCCUUGGUGCUACUAUAGACGUCAAAGGCAAGAAAAAGGAGGUAUCGCUACCAGUGCCCGGUGACGCUGAGAUCGAUCAGAUGAUUCCCUUAGCGACGACUGUGUUUCGCUGCAAAACAUGCACUCCAUCCAUUGGACUCCCAGGUGAUUCGUCCGAUAGUGAAUAUGACGAUUUCCUUGAUAUUCUCGGCGGACGUCGGUCCAGAUCCGUUCCCCUCUUCUAUCCCAAAGUCAUGGGACAUUGUUGCCUAACCAGAUCGAGAACGCUGCCUUGGGACUAUUUUGCCACGGACGACCCCAACUUCCGCAUUGAUUUUCCAAUGAGCACCCGCACAAAUUGGAACGCCCACCUCCUGCAGGUGGAUGAACAGGCAAGCAAGGCUGCUCGUACCGUUGUGGAGGCAUGCGGUGAAGAUCCGCUCAUCACCACUGCGACCAAAAUGGAUGAGUUAGAUCCCCACUUGGCCUGCCUGGACUGCAUGAGGUGGUCCAAGCAUGAGGUGAAUCAAGGCGAGGUACCCGUCUUCACUUGGCGUUCAGCGGUCUGUGCUUUACUAUUCCGUGUCUCUGAUUUCACGGCUUCUAACUUGUUUAUAUCACCCAACCUGCUGCAGGCGUCAUCUGGCUUUGCGUCCACUGCAUGGAUUUACCACAGGAGAGAGAAUGCCAUGAACUUGGCAAGAUGA